AUUCCAGGGUAUGAGGGUCCCGGACGCUUCCUCAAACCUCAUUCCUUCCACUAAUUUGGCCAGUUCUUCCUGACAUCAUGGGUGCCAAGAGCCUCCCCACCCUUACCUUCUGCCUGCUGCUGGUGCUGCUGCUGGGCUCAGCCCAGGCUGCCAGGCCCCGAUUUCGACGGGAAGAGAGCCCUACCCUGCUGAGUAAGUUCCAGAGCCAACUCUAUGGCUACUGGGAGUCUGCCAAGGCUAAAGCCCAUCAAAUCUAUGAGAAAGUACAGAUACCUGCAAUGGAUCAGAAUAUCAGGCAUGCUUAUGACAAAGGCUCGGAGGCCAUGACCACAUACACUGGGAUUCUGACAGAUCAGAUCAUUCACCUGCUAAAGGGGGACCAAUGAUGAACCGAUGCUGUAUCCCGCUGCUCUCCUCUAUCUUUCCCCCAACCCAGGUAGCUCCAGCCUGAAGCAUCACUCCCAAACUUUUCCCCAAUAAAAUGGUCUAUAAAAGAGA